AUGGUAUCGCACAGAAAGUUGAAAUCAACCCCAAGUUAUGAUAUUUACGUUCUUAUCUUCUGCGAAGAUGUUUACACAGUAGUACAGGGAGAGAAUUUGAGAGUUACUCUAGUGUCUCAAUGGGGUGAUGACUUUUACGGUUUAAUUUUCACGGUUAACCCGAUCGAGACCCUCUUGGAGUAUAACCAGCCAAGACGAUUUAAAUAUACGAAAAUUCUAUAUUUAAGGUUUUCUUUUACAAAUGAAGAUGGAGAGGAGGUGGACAUUUCCUUUGGAUCUGAUAAAAAUGAAGUUUUCAAAACCGGAGAGUCCGCCACCCAGUUCCCACAGGAGUAUAUCUUUGAGUCAGACACUGAAAGAUUCCACCUCAUCGACACUCCAGGCAUCGGGGACAGUAGGGGAAUUGAUCAGGACAAGAAAAACUUUGCAAACACCUUGGACUUCCUUCAAUGCUUCGACGAGAUAAGUGCUGUUAUUGUGCUUCUCAAACCAAACAAUGCAAGGUUAACGGUGGCUUUUAAGUUCUGUGUCUUAGAAUUGCUGACCCACCUUCACAAGUCACUGGUAUCCAACAUAAUGUUCGCCUUUACCAACUCCAGGGGAACUUUUUACAGACCAGGAGACACUCUUCCAGCACUGAAGAAACUUCUAAAGGAAAAACAGAUUUCGAUCGAUGCCUCAAAGGAAAACUAUUUUUGCUUUGACAACGAAGCCUUCAGGUUUCUUGCCUGCAAAAAGAAAGGGGAAGAGUUCACACAGAGAGAAAUCGAUCUUUACUCGGAGAGCUGGGUCCAGUCACGCGAAACAACUCUCAAGCUAUUGGCACGAGUGCUGGGACUGAAGCCCCAUGAUACAAAGGAGACACUAAGCCUGAACGAGGCGAGAAACUACAUAAUCGCCCUAAGCAAACCAAUGGGGGAAGCUGUUGACCUUAUAAAUAGGAAUUUGAAAGCAAUUGAAGAUAGAAGAAAAGAGGUGGCGGGUUGUGAACAAAAUAUCAAAACUUUCGAGGCUCAACUAAAGUUCACAGGGUAUGAGCUGAAGAUCGAAAGACUUGACUAUCCUAUGACUGUUUGUACUUCUGAAGUGUGCAAGAAAUAUGAAAACAUCGGUGAGACUAGAGAGAGAAAUACAAUUUAUAGUCAGGUCUGUCACGAGCACUGCUCGCUGCGAGUUCCGAAAGAGACCACCAACAACGAGGAACUUCGAGGCUGUGCAGCAAUGACCGAGGGGAAAUGCAGGAGAUGCACUCACGACUACAGAAUCCACAUGCACAUCUCCUACAAAGCUACUAUCCAGCCAAAGGAAUUCCUC